GUAGCAGAGAGAUUCGACAUGCCGGCCAACCACCGCCAGCCGGCACCCCAGACGCCUGCGUCUCCAAACACCAAGCCCACGGCUCGCUACACGAACAAAGAUGGCUCCAAAAUCAUCACCGUCCCAAAGGGUCCCCCCUCCACCGAUCCCUCGCUGCCAUCCACUCCGACUUCGUCGGCCAAGGCCCCGAGCUUGCAGACCACCGUCGCCGCCAACGGCCCCGACGACUCGGCCCCUGCCGUCAACCGCAAGAAGCAGAAACGUCGCGCAAAGGCCGCCGCGAAGGCUGCCGCCGAGCAAGCCGUCGUCGGCCAAACACCCAACGGACGCCCAAGUCCUACGCCUGGCGCAUCCGCCCCUCAGCCUCGCUCUGCCCGACAUGACGACGACCACGAUACCAGCGACGACGACGCCGACGCCGAUGACCGCCACUCGGUCGACGACGACGACGAUGAUGACGACGACGACGACCAUCGCCAUCGCCAUCCCGGCGCCAACGGUGUUGCCUCGGCCAAGUCCAAAAAGUCCAAAAAGAAGAAGAAGAAGAACGCAAAGAACCCGCAACUCGCCAACCCCCAGUUCGACAACGUGCCGCAGCAACAACACCAACACCAACACCAUAACCACCACCACCACUCCCACCCCCACUCGCCAUUGACGGCGCCCCGCGGGCCUGGCAUCUCCAAGGAUAAAAUCUGGAACACCAGCUCGCAGGAGGAGAGGGAACGCAUCAAGGAGUUCUGGCUCGGCCUCGGCGAGGACGAGCGCAAGUCACUGGUCAAGGUCGAGAAGGACGCUGUCCUGAAGAAGAUGAAGGAGCAGCAGAAGCACACGUGCAGCUGCACCGUCUGCGGCCGGAAGCGCACCGCCAUCGAGGAGGAGCUCGAGGGACUCUACGACGCCUACUACGAGGAGCUCGAGACCUUUGCGAACAACGGAGAGGGACCCCACAUCCUGCCGCCUCAUCGCGAAUUCCCCCUGCGCCCCUCACGCCUCCCCGCUACCUACUCGGGCCAGCCGCCGUCACGUGGCCGCAUAGUCGAACAUGUCGGCGACGACGACGAUGACGAAGGCGACGAGGACCCCGAAGAAGAGUACAGCGACGAGGAAGACGAGCUCGAGGACGAGGAGGAGGAGGAGGAGGAGGAAGAAGAGGAAGAAGACGACGACGAGUACAGCGAAGAGGACGAACCGCCAGAGGACGCCCACCCUCACGACCGGGACGUGGCCGACUUCUUGACGUUUGGGAACAGCCUGCAAGUCAAGGGCGGCAUACUCACCGUUGCGGAUGACCUCCUCAAGAACGACGGCAAGCGUUUCAUCGAGAUGAUGGAGCAGCUCGCCGAGCGCCGCAUGGCCCGCGAAGAGGACGCCAAGGAGCACUUCUCGCGCGGCUACGGUCAUCCCGCCAACGGCUCCUACUCGAAUCAUGGCCAUCCUCCUCCCGAAGACGACUAUGACGACGAGGACGAGGAGGAGGAUGAUGACUAUGACGACAGCCAAGAAGAGGAAUACGAGGAUGAAGAAGUGAGCUCCUCUCAAUACACACAUGACCAUAAACACUCGAGUACUGAGCAUUACUGUUGUCAUCAUCAGGACACGAUGACCGAGGAACAGCGCAUGGAGGAGGGUCGUCGCAUGUUUCAGAUCUUCGCGGCUCGCAUGUUUGAGCAACGCGUCCUCACGGCCUAUCGGGACAUGGUCGCCAAGCAACGACAGCAGCAGCUCAUCGAAGAGCUCGAGGAGGAGAACCGCCAGGACGCCCAACGAAAGGCCAAGAGGGCCAAAGAGAACCAGAAGCGCAAGGACAAGGCCGCCCUCAAGAAGCAGCAGCAGGCCGAGGAGAAGGCCAGGAGGGAGGCCGAGAAGGCUGCCGAGGAAGCCGCCCGCCUCGAGGAGCAACGACGGAAGGCCGAAGAGCAGCGCCUCCGGGCCGAGGAGAAACGCCGCAAGAAGGAAGAGCAGAAGCGUCUCGAAGAGGAGGAGCGCCUCCGCAAGGAGGCCGAGCGACAAAGGCGCCUCCAGGAGCAGCAGGAGAAGCGUGCGGAACAGGAACGCAAGACGCGAGAAGCAAGGGAAAAGGCGCAGAAACUCAAGGACGAGGUUCGGCUACGUGACAAGGAGGCUCGGGAGCUCAAGGAGAAAGAGACGCGGGAGCGGAAAGAGAAGCAGGACCAGGCCAGACGCGAAAAGGAGGCCAAGGCCAAGGCCGAUCGAGAAGCCAAGGCCAGAGCUGCCGCCGAUAAGGAGAACAGCGUCAUCGAACGGUCGAAGCAGGAGGACAACAAGCCGGCAACAGCACCAAAGGCCGCCGCCGCCGCCGCUGCUCCUAUUCCUAUACCCGCCUCGGGUCGACGGUUGUCGCAACACCCGGUGCCGAUCCCGACACAUCCCUCCAACCCCGCAUCCUACGCAUCCCCAAAGAUACCCGUUGCGACGCCGGCUCUGCCCAAGGCUCCGACACCGAUCCGUCCCAAGCAUGCGCCCCAGCCUCUGGAAAACAGCCUGCCGGGAUCCCAGGCCUCGCAGUCCGAGUCGAGCGCCAGCCAGAACCCGUCACCUCACCCCGCCACGCCCGGCCACACGAGCCCGGCGCCGAUCGGGUCUAGGAAGACGAGCGUGGCGACGUCGAGCUCGCUGCCGCAUCCCCACUCGGUGUCGCCGUCAAGCAUCAAGGGACCGAUGCAGACUGGCCCCUUUGGCAUGCCUAUGAGCAUGCCGCCGCCCGGGUUCGGGGUGCCUCCUCCGGGACUCGCGAACCGCAUGCAUGAUCCCAUCUUUGGUCCGCCCGGCAUCCCCGGGUUCGGUAGACCACCGCCCGGCAUGAUGCCCGGUCCGCCCGGGCUCAACGGGCCCGCUGGACGCGGUUUCAUGCCGCACCCACCCCCCGGUUUCGGACAGCCCAUGGGCGGCGAUCCAAUGCACAACAUGGCACCGGGGCCGGCGACACACUCGAGGCAGCCCUCUGGCGGCUAUGACCCGGCUUCACCACCAACCCCUGCGCAACCCAUCGGAAGACCGGCACCUAUCGGACGACCCGGCAGCGUGGUGCACGGGCAGCGUAACGAGCAACCUGACGACUUUGCCAACCAGCAUCUCGGUAGCAGCGCACUGCUAGACGACGCCGAGGAUCCGAUCGCCGCGGCCAUGAACGCGGCCAGGCACCGCAACCAGCUGCCGCGACCGGCGUUCCCGACGAUCCCGUUCGCGGGGGGCAUGGACAACGGAUUCCACAACAUGCACAACAACGUAUGGGGCCCGUCGCCGAUGGGCUUUGUCCCGCCUCCCGGCCUGGGCAACCCCACCUGGGGCAGCCCCAUGAUACCGCCGAUGCCGUCGCUGGGCCAGAUGCGAACGGGGGGCAAUCCUCGCUCGGUGGCAGUUCGCCUGAUGCUGUGCCGCGCCUGCAAGGAGCUGCAGGCUCGCAGCCCGGACAGCGCGGAAUCGUUUGUCGACCUCGCAGCGAUCAAGGCCGAGGUGGACCAGCUCAGCCGGAUGGAGAUUAUCUCGGAAGACGACCUACUGGACCUCGCCGAAACGGAGGGCAACGCGCACAACGGCGGCGGCACCUUUGACAUCCGGCGCGACGCCAACGGCCCCGGCAAGCACUCGGUGCGGUGGGUGCCCGAGUUCAACGACAUGUCGCAGCCUCACCACCGAGCGGUGGGCGCGCCGGGCGAGAUCGGGAGCCCCAUCAUCGGCAGCGGUGCCACUGCGUUCUUGGCUAGGGGGCAGUAGGGCCGUCAAUCCAGCGAAGACUCGAGGUCCGUGUCUCCGUCCGAGAGUCUCGGCCCGUCGGACCGGCUUUUUCGAGGAAUGUUCCGGGCCAUGCAGACGGGCCGCAUCAACAAGGUCACCAGGGACCCGGGUUGCAUUGGCGAAGAGAGGGACAAGCAUGCCAAGGGGUGAUGCUGAGUCGGGACGUGGGGGGGAGGGAAUGUUGGUUCUGUGUGGGAGGAGAGAGUCUAUGUAGAAAGGAACCUUUUCUUUUUCAAACUCGGUAAUCGAGCCAGUCCACCCCUCCCCUCAUUUUGGCUGUCACGUCACAUGUGGGAGGGAGGAGGGAGAUGAGGCAAGCUCUUUUCCAGCCGGCCUCGGCCGCGAAGCGAUUUGCCAGCGUUUGGCUAAUAGAGACUACCAUGCGUUCUUUGCACCUUUGUGUCCUUGGUAUACUGCCUUCCUGUUUGCAUCUUGGGUGUGACGGCACAAACCAGCAUCAUUAUGUCAUGUCCCCCCUUCACAUGAGGCAUCCCACGGGGAGAAGGAUGUCUGACACUAUCCGAUCUACGGACUCCACAUGGACCGACACGGCGGAGAAGCCAAAAAAAAAGCCCUGAAGCCCCGCAUCCCAUAGUCCCGCCCGCACAAACCGGUCACCUCGGACUAACACAACAAUACAGACAGGACCGGAUAGUACGGAGAGGGAUGGGAACGGGGGGGACAUGAGCCUUGCCGGACUGCGAGAUGGCAACCCAGUAUAUACAAAAGCCGGUU